GUAACAUUUCUGGUUUGAACCCAAAUAUUUCUUGCUCAUCUGACGCUGUCAUGGUGAGCAAUGUGAGGCCGCUCUGCUAUGAAAACGGUCCUGUCUCUUUAAAUGCUCUUGCAGUAAUUCCUUCAGCGUGCAUAUGGCCAUAAAAAAGAGAUAAAGCUUGAAGUCAUCCUCACAAACACGGGCAGUAGGGGAAAAAAAAACUUCCCAAGGAUUUUGAAUUAUAUAGCAGCAGCUUCCUGUAUUUUACACCUGCAGAGAGGGAGGCAGACUCAGUCUGACUGGAAGAGCAAACGAGUUCCCUGCAUCGCUGUUUUUUCUUUUUCUUAUCCUUUCAUUUUUUCAUUUUGCUGUUUCUACCAACUAAGAAUGCUGGUGCACAUCUUGUGUGUGUUGUUGUCUUCAUCUGUCAUUUUUCUGCAAGGCAGGUCUGUGCUCUGUAAGGAGAUGAAGAUCCCCAGCAGAGCGGCCAAGCCGCCCUCUCCAUCUGACUUCCUGGACAAGCUGAUGGGACGCACAUCUGGCUAUGAUGCCCGCAUCCGACCAAACUUCAAAGGUCCUCCUGUCAACGUCACCUGCAACAUCUUCAUCAACAGCUUUGGAUCCAUCACAGAAACAACUAUGGACUACCGCCUUAAUGUGUUUCUGAGACAACAGUGGAACGACCCUCGUCUGGCGUAUAAGGAGUAUCCUGAUGACUCCCUGGACCUGGACCCCUCCAUGUUGGACUCCAUUUGGAAACCUGACCUGUUUUUCGCAAAUGAAAAGGGAGCAAACUUCCACGAGGUCACGACGGACAACAAACUGCUUCGCAUAUUCCAGAAUGGAAAUGUCCUCUACAGCAUCAGGCUGACGCUUACUCUUUCCUGCCCCAUGGAUCUGAAAAACUUCCCCAUGGACAGCCAGAUGUGUAUCAUGCAGCUCGAAAGCUUCGGGUACACCAUGAAUGAUCUCAUUUUCGAAUGGUUGGAUGUGGGGGCAGUGCAGGUGGCUGAUGAUCUGACACUCCCUCAGUUUGUACUGAAUGAUGAGCAAGGCCUUGGCUACUGCACCAAGCACUACAACACAGGUAAAUUCACCUGCAUUGAGGUCAAAUUCUUCCUGGAGCGUCAGAUGGGCUACUACUUGAUUCAGAUGUACAUACCGAGCCUGCUCACCGUCAUCCUGUCCUGGGUAUCCUUCUGGAUCAACAUGGACGCGGCUCCUGCCAGAGUGGGGCUGGGCAUCACUACGGUGCUCACCAUGACAACGCAGAGCUCUGGCUCCAGGGCCUCCCUGCCAAAGGUGUCGUACGUGAAAGCCAUAGACAUCUGGAUGGCAGUGUGUCUUCUUUUCGUGUUUGCUGCACUGCUGGAGUAUGCGGCCGUUAAUUUCGUUUCACGGCAGCACAAGGAGUUCUUCAGACUGAGGAGGAAGCUCAAAGAGCAGCAGCGACAGAGAGCUCAGGGAAGUAGUGACAGUAAGGUGAAAAGGAACAACAUGUCAGGCAACAGCGCUCCUCAUGGGAGCGUAGCCCAGCAGUGCAGUGCCUGUUCCAGGGAGGAGGAGCUGGCACAGCAGGGUUUACUCUUCCAGAGUUUCGGACUCGCCCUGUCAACGGGGAGCGCACCGGAAAUGGAUGCAACACCGGUGUUCGCCGAUCUGCCUCCUGGUUUGGGUUUCUACAACAUACGCAGGCGCUUUGUGGAUCGCGCGAAGAGGAUCGACACCAUCUCCCGAGCCCUUUUCCCCAUGAGUUUCCUCAUGUUUAACGUCCUGUACUGGCUCACAUACAAAGUCCUGCGACAUGAGGACCUUCUCGCCGCACUGUGACCACACAAAACCUCUGAGGGACGUAAAGCCACUGGAUGCGUUUAAUCCUGCUCUCUUCACUGAAACACUUACAGGGUGAGAGUCCUCAGCCGAGCCUUGCAGAACGCACUGUGACUGCAUGUCCAGUGUCAGCGGGAAGUUCAGUAACAUGGAAGAGUCUAUCCGCUUUCUUUAAAUCUCUAAUACUUCCGAAUAUAGGCACUUUUUAUUAGCACUGAUGCAUUAUACCUUACAUGUCACUGUCCAGUGUAUCAUCUCACGCCCUCUUUUUGGAAACGUUUCUGUUAUUGUAUCUUCACAUGCAUCUGGACUGCAGCACAUCCUUGCCGGGCCUACCUCUUUAGAAAAAAUAUUUUACAGUGUACUAAUUUCACUGGAGUCAUAGUCAAUGGUGUUCCAGGUUGAUCACAAGUUUCAUAUCACGUAGACAACACAAAGCACGGAUUACACUUUGAAACAACUCACUUGUGUUUCUCACCUACACUAGGAAAUACAUUAAUCCAAACAUUUAGUUUCUUUGUAAACUGCAAAGUUCUAGGAUUUAAAACUAUUUUUAUAACACAACUAUUUUGUCUAAAAUAAUAUUUGAUAGUUAAAUUACAUUUUGAACCCUCUAUCUGGGAUGAACGGUUGUUAAUAUUUCAUAUCUUAAUAUAAUGAUUUAAUGCCUAAAGAAGAGAAGGGAAAACUAUCCAUAAUUUUUUUUUCGAUCUCACUGUAUACUUAUUGAAUAGCAUGGCAUACACAAAUAUAGUAUAUCUUUUAUUUUUACUCAUGUCAACCAUCUCAGCCAUUUUAAUUUGUCAGUUUCAAACGUGCAUACUGACCAGAGAUGUAUAUUAUCAAUAUUUAAUCAUCUAACGACAGUAACAACAUGUUGAUGGAAUUUAAAUGAUGAAAUAUGGUAUUAUUAAAUAAUGAGUUCUGUAGAGUGGUGUAGUAUUCCAGCUGGUUUCGAUUCACGUAAAAAGCGGUACGUCAACUACGUAUUAAAAAUAGAAUUUCAACAAUUAGGUUUAAUUCAAAUUGAGAUUAUCUUGCUGGGUAGUGGCUGUGGCUUGUUGGGUGCAUUAGAGCAGUUAUAACAUAAUAAUGUGCAUCGUGGUGUGACCAUUAUUAUCUAUGAUGUCUAUGAUCUAUGUUUUUGAAAUAUCUGUUCAUUUUAACCCUGAUACGUAAUAUGUGGAACCCCCCGCUAGAAUUUCACUUAAUUUGCACACUUAAUUAUCAGCUGUGAUGUUUUAAAAUUUCAAACUAUGUCUUUCUCUAAGCUAGAGGCAUCUAACCAGCACUGAACUAUAAUUGUCUUCCUGUAAUACUUUUCUCGGUCAAGGUUAUUCUUGAACCUACUCUCAGGUGGUAGAUGUGCAAAAUGCCACUGCAAUAACUGUCUUCGACAUAUUGCUGCUAGAUUAGCAUUUCAGUGUGCACAAAAAUAAAUCCUGUCAUAAAUGAAGCUGUCGUAUAAAUAUUUCAUUUAGACUGUAGCUGUCGUAUGCAUAUAGGAGGAACAGGGCUGCAUAUAUCAGCACUACA